AUGGACAUGCGGACGUUCGAGGACGUGACCUUCAUUUCGUUUCGCGAAACCAUUCCAAGACACUUCGGUGAGCUACUCACUAUGGCUCGCAUAGCAAACAAGGAGAUCUUCGUAUCCUUACACCUAAUCCACUUAAGCUGUGCUCAGACGGUUUUUUCCAACGUUCCGCUUCAUCGCGACGAUGAUGAGUUAGCGCGCAUUCUAGAUCUAUUAGACAAAGUACGAUUAGGGAAGCAUAAGCCGCCCCGCGUAAGAGAGGGCUACAUCUCCAGUACAUCGGCAGUCAUUUCGUAUAUCCAUCACAUCUGCGACAUUGAAAGUGAUAGCGCUAAUUCAAUUAUCAUCUUUGCAUCAACGCGUAUCGCAUUAGCUGAUAUGUUUCGUAACUUUGUUGACUUCACCCUUGACUCGCCGUAUGAGCUUCAUUGUAUAACUGUUCGAUCCGAUGCGAUAUGCAUCGAUUGCAGCAUAAUAGGAAUGCACAGGCGGGUCUACCACUGCCCGCCGGAUCCAGAUAAUAUCAAGGCAGCUCUUCAGUCGAUUUUGGAAAAACCACUGUUGGGGGUGGUACCCUUGCCUGUCACCUUGAAGAUGGGAAACUUGUCGCUUGAGUGCGAAGCUCAGCGGGUGUGUUUGUCUAUUCUGCCCCGGUGCACCACCAUGGAAAGCUAUACUCACAUACAGGACUAUAACCCAGAGCUUAUUUUUCAGGGCCCACGUGUCGUUCAUUCCGCCCUUGAGCAAAGACGUUUUUCUAACGUUGGUGAGCCGCUUCCAAUUACCGUUCAUGCUAUUAUGAAGCCUCAAAAUGUGGAGGAUACUUAUCUGUACGGCGAUACAUGGGUGCUGUCAACCGCAAAGAAACGCGUGACCCCUUCGUCUUAUCCUGCGUCUACCAACGACUGCUCUGCGUCUCAGUUUAUGCAGGUUCUUCACGAACUUUUCAAGGAAGAUGUGCUUGUGUGUUCAACCCCGUUCUCAAAUUUCGAUCCACCCCAUCAGAUGGCGUUGCAGAGAUCCUGCUUUUUGAUCUAUAUCCUAGGAAGAAACAAGCUGGCUAUGCGGGCAAUCAUGCCAACUGAAAUAAGGCGGGUAAUUUUGAUCGACGAGCGGCCUUUACGACAGGCAGAUGCUACUCUGAGAAAGCAACUGUUAGACAUCCGUAAUCAUUUGAAGCAACGAGGCAAUGAUCCUAAUUUUUUAAUGGAUAGAUUCACCCAAGGAAAUUUAUGUCAGAUAGUAUCGCAACAAAAAACAGAACGGGUGAGUCGUGUUGAGAAUUCUAGGGUAAUAUUAUGA